AUGGGCUACGAAGACCUUUCUCACGGCCCCGAUGCCGAAAGCGGCAAGAUCAUUGAGGCGGAAGGCGAGAAGGCGUACGCCGCACCUCCGGCGUUUGAAGGUGACAUGCUGGGCGAGAUGAGCGAGACUGAGCGCGCCGUCUACGAUCACGGAAUCAAGAGGUUCAGCCGGUUGGGAUGGAAGCGACUCACCGUCGUGCUGAUUGUGGAAGCCAUUGCGCUAGGUAGUUUGUCCAUUCCCUCCACCUUCGCGAAGCUGGGCAUGGUGGCCGGUGUAAUCUGCAGCGUGGGCCUCGGCCUGGUCGCCAUCUACACUAGCUACAUUGUCGGUCAGGUCAAGCUCGCCUUCCCGCAGGUCGCCAACUACGCCGAUGCCGGUCGCCUCAUAGGCGAUCGCCUCGCCGCCUUACUGAUCCGCAUCAUUAAACCCAUCUUCCCGCGAGUCGCUAACUUCGCCGAGCGUGGUCGCGUGAUUGGGGGCCAUUGUGGAUAUGAGCUGGUCAACUUGAUGCUGGCCUUGCAACUGAUCUUAUUGACCGGAUCUCACUGUCUGACGGGAACGAUUGCCUUCAUGAAUAUCACUGAGAGUAACGUCUGUUCAGUGGUCUUUGCUGUGGUAUCCGCCAUCAUCUUAUUACUCUUGGCCAUUCCGCCUAGUUUUACCGAAGUCGCCAUUCUCGGCUACGUCGACUUCGCAUCGAUCAUCAUCGCAAUCGGCAUUACCAUCAUCGGGACAGGUGUCUCCUCCUCCAACGCGCCCGGAGGACUCGCCGCUGUACCUUGGUCGGCGUGGCCCAAGGACAAUCUGACCUUCACCGAGGCCUUCAUUGCCGUGUCCAACAUUAUCUUUGCCUACAGCUUUGCCAUAGACUUCGUCAAGUCGAUCUGGGCCCUGGGCCUCACAGAAAUCUUCGUCUACACCAUCACCGGUGCCCUGGUCUACGCCUUCGUGGGUCAGGAUGUGUCGAGCCCGGCCUUGACCUCGGCGGGUACCUUGUUGAGUCGCGUCGCGUACGGGGUGGCCCUCCCCGUGAUCUUCAUUAGUGGGUCGAUCAACACGGUCGUGUUUGGUCGUCUGAUUCAUGGUCGCAUUUUCGCCAAUUCCCCGAUCCGGUUCAUCAACACCACCAUGGGCUGGGUGACUUGGAUUGCCGUCAUUACCGGCGCCACCGUCAUCGCCUUUGUGAUCGCCGAAGUCAUUCCGUUCUUUUCUGAUUUGCUGUCGAUUUCAUCGGCACUCUUCAUCUCGGGCUUCACUUUCUACUUCCCCGCGCUGAUGUGGUUCUUGUUGAUCCGCAAGGGCAGUUGGCUUGAGCCCAUGAACCUCUUGUUGACCGUGACCAACGCCUUCAUCUUUAUUAUUGGCAUGAUCACUCUGGUCGGAGGAACCUACUCUAGUAUCGAUGACAUUAUUAACAACUAUAAUACCGGCUCCGUGCGCGGCGUCUUCACAUGUGCGGCCCCGGAGUAA